UGGUGGUGGUUGUGGGUGGGAAUGACGUCGAUCAGGAGGUUUGUGGCGGAUGACUUGUUCAAGUUCAACAACAUCAAUCUGGACUCGUUGACCGAGAACUACAACAUCGGGUUCUACUUUCACUACCUCUCGCGUUGGCCCGACUUCUCGGCAGUGGCCGAGGACGCGUCGGGGAAGCAAAUGGGAUACGUGAUCGGCAAGGCCGAGGGUCGAGGCGAGGACUGGCACGGCCAUGUGACGGCGGUGACGGUCGCGCCCGAGUACCGGCGGAUCGGGCUCGCGUCCAAGCUCAUGGACUGGCUGGAGGAGGUGUCGGAGAAGCAGUACGACGGGUACUUUGUCGAUCUCUUUGUCCGCAAGACCAACACUGUGGCGAUUGGCAUGUACGAGCGUCUUGGGUACGUCAUCUACCGACGAGUGCUCGGGUACUACGGCGACAGCGAAGACGCGUAUGACAUGCGCAAGGCGUUGAGACGAGAUCCAGAGAAGAAGUCGAUGGUGCCGCUCGACAGGCCGGUGCUCCCGGAAGAGUGUGUCUUUUGAUUUAGGUGCCGCUAUCACAGUCGGCGGGGCGGUUGGCAAGGUAGCGGAAGAGGGUCAAGGACAACAAAGAGUACAGUUAGCGCAGGA